AUGAGUCCUCUAAAGAUACAUGGCUUUGUUCGCAUUUGGAGCAAGACUGGGCUAACUAAAGAGGGAGAAGCUCUUGUGGAAACAGUGGAAGCAGAGAAGGAAAUCAGCCUGGCAGUCAUCUCCAACUCUGAAGGAUUUAUCCGGGUUCUUCAGCUCAGCAACAGUAUUACAAGUGUGGGUCUUACACAUCCUGGAGACAGACAAAGCUGUCUGCAUGUAGCUCUGCAAAACAACAGCUGGUUGUUCACUGACCAAUUGUCCUACGGGGAUGCUGAACAGUCGAAGGCCUUCCUGGACGCAGUCUGUCAAAGCAAACCCCAGCCACCCAGGAAACACAAUCGUGAUUGGGGUGUUUUUGGUGGGAGGAACACACAGAAGGAAACGGACAAAACUCCAUCUCACCAAGUCCGUGACAAGCCCCGUGAUGGACCCUUUAAUGCAGAAAAAGCAAAUGAAACUCUCUCCCCUCUGAAGAUGACUUUGUUCAAGUCAGCAACACUUGCCAGAACAGGACUCUUAGAAAAUCAAGGAGCAAAGAGGGAAAAAAUGCUAUCACCUGCUCGAGAGAUGAAUGAAGCGUCCCUGAAAAAAAGUAACGCUGAACCUAACAAGAAAUUGAAGACAGAUUCCUUUGAGUAUACAGAAAGUAACAAGGAUGAACCGUCGCAUUCAGAAGGUCAAGAAAAACUUAGAAAUUCAACAUGUGGCUCUACAUGCAAGACCAUCUCUACUGAAAAUGCCAAUCUAGCUCAGACUGUUCUUUCAAUCCAGGCUCUCUCUUGCAAAACAGGUUUGGAGUUUCCAUCAGAACAAAUAUAUAGCCAUGACGACCUAAGAUGGGACGACCUUGACACUCACCCAGAACAAUUCUGGCAAGGGUUCCCCAACCUGGGGAACACACCUUACAUGAAUGCAAUUUUACAGUCACUGUUUGUGAUUCCCUCAUUUGCUGACGAUUUACUCAUGAGGGGCAUAUCGUGGAAGAAAAUUCCCUUUGAUGCUUUUAUUAGGUGCCUGACCCAGCUACUUGCUUUAAAAGAUAUUUGUAACCUGGAGGGCAAGAAAGAGCUACUUGUCUAUAUUAAAAUUGCUAUUUCAGCUGUUACAGAGACCUUCCCUGGCGACAUGCAGAACGAUGCUUACGAGUUUUUAGGGUACUGUUUAGAGCAGCUGAAAAAAGACAUGGAAAAAUUAAACAUUGCUUUGAAGACUGAGAGGGAAAGGGAUGGAAAUUCAUCUUCGCAGAUGCAUACGGAUAACGCUGCCUGCCAGACGUUUGUUUGUCCCGUUGUGGCUAACUCUGAGUUUGAAUUGCAGCACUCCAUUAUCUGUAAAGCCUGUGGACAGGUCAUUCUCAAGACGGAGCCAAGUCGUUAUCUUUCUAUCAACCCUCCCCAAGAAACAAAACUACAACCGUCCUCUAUUCAGAAUUCUUUUGAUCUUUUCUUUAGGGCAGAAGACCUCGAGUACAACUGUAACGAAUGCACCCACGAGACACCUGUUGCAAUGCACAAAUUCAGUAAGCUUCCCAGACUGCUCAUCAUCCAUCUGAAACACUAUAGCUUUAACGAUGCUUGGUUGCUGGUGAAGGAUAACCAACCGGUUGCUAUUCCUAAAUUUUUAAGCUCAUCUUCUCAUUGCAGUGACAGCACAAAGUUACCUUUUCCUACUGCCAGUCCCAGGGACUCCAAAAUGCUAGAAGUCUCUCCAGAGAUGGUUUCUGAGAUCCUCGCCCCAUCGUCACCUUCAGAGAAGUUGAUCUCAGAAUCCAGCGAUUCCUUGGCAAAGAAUGCUGAACCACUAACAUUCCAGAAGAUCGUUGAAGGGUCAAACCAAGAACAGCAGCAGAGAGACCUGGAAAACAGUCCUAAACAGAAUAUAACAGCUUCAGAAAAGGCAGAAAAGGAGCUGCCAGCAGCUGACUCAGGGAUGGAUCAAGAACACACAUGUCUCAUGAUCUGUGAAGAUGCAAGUGAACUGACCAGCAGCCCAUCAAGUCUUGGAGAGGCUCAGCUCCAAGAGGUGCCUGAAGAUAUGGACCUUAAGAAAUCUGACUGCCCCAACGCAUUUUUAGAGCUAGAAGUGGGCAGUGUCAUGGAGUCCACUGAAGAGUUUUAUAAGGCUCAUGAAAACAGGAUUCCAGAAAGAUCUCAAGGCAUGGCUGAACAACUGCAGCAGCAAGACUGGAAAAGAAUGGUCGAGGAAUUCUCCCGACAGGAAUCACCUCCAGGCGUUAGGGAGCUGGGUGCCCAGGAAUACACAGAAAAGGACUUCCAGGAUCGUCAGAAAGAUGAUAACAGGGACUCCCUCACUGCUUUGGGUGCUGGCACGAACCCUGGAAUUUUAGACAGGGAGGACACAGAAACUGAAGCCCGGGUGAAAGGAAACACCGAGCGGCUCAUCCGUGUCAUCAGCCAUCUCAGGAGCCCCCCAGAUUCAGGCCAGCACAUCAGCGAUGUUUACUAUUUUCAGAAGCAGGCCUGGUUCACAUACCACGACCUAGUAGUAUCAGAAAUCCAAGAGUCUGUGAUGCAGGAGGCUAGGCCUCACACUGGGUAUAUCUUCUUUUAUAUGCACGAUGAGAUCUUUCAGGCGCUGUUGAGAAAGUGGCAGCAGUAG